AUAUAAUGGACCGGGUCCGCGGGCCCGAGGAGAUCGCCUUUCUUGCGCUCCCUCUAGGAGUUUGCCGUUACAUAAAGAAAACGCUCUCACUCGCCAGACGUCACCUCAGCGCUGGGCCAUCGCGGUCCGUUGCUCGAUCGCCAUACCGCGGUUACCACACCCCCAGAUUCGAGAUGCGAUUCUUCCAUGUAUACAUAGUACCGGGACACUGCCACGCGCAGGUGGUACUUUCUGGAAUGAUUUUAUCAGAUUGGUGAGGUUGGCGGUAUCGCUCAUCGCAUUCACACCCAUCACUUCCUCAAGCGCGAAAGCCCGCCUGUAUCUCCCUUUCGAUUCUUGAGUCGCUCUUCGGGUGGUUUCUUUCGUCCUUCCCGAGUUAUGCGGCGUCUCUGUCUCUCGUCCUCGUACACAUCAUGAACCGUCUGUACAGAAAAGCCAGAACGUGGCACCUGGACAUCGACUACUAUCUGAACCGUUUCAUCCCCCCUUCGCCGCUCUACCGGUUCCACCCUCUUGUGUCCCGGUUUCUGGGAUACCGGAGAGAGCAGAGCGAUGACCUCGGGAAUGUCCUAUGUGCAUUCUGGUCCGCUCUUGGAGCCUUUUGCGGGCUCGCCGUCAUUGUGGCGGUAUUCAAACAUUCCGAGCUGAUACAGAAGACGCAUCCUCCUGUGAUAAUCGCCUCAUUUGGCGCCUCCGCAAUCCUAGAAUACAAUGCGAUCCGCUCACCACUAGGCCAGCCGCGAAACGCGGCCCUCGGCCACUGCCUCUCCGCCAUCGUCGGCGUCGGCAUCACGAAGCUAUUCCUGCUCCACUCGGAUUUUGAGAAGAUAAGGUGGAUUGCCGGAGCGGUAUCCUGUGGUGCGGCAUCCGCCGUCAUGCUCCUCACCGGCACCGUGCAUCCACCUGGCGGUGCGUCUGCCGUUCUCGCCGCCACGGAUCCGGUCAUCAUAGCUAUGGGCUGGGCUUUUGUGGGACUCGUCACACUGGGAACGGUUCUCAUGUUGCUGGUUUCCCUGGUGAUCAACAAUAUCCAGAGACAAUUUCCCGUCUACUGGUGGACGCCUGAAGAUCUGCGUCUGCUUCGAGAGAUUCGCAAGAGAAAGGGGGAUGCGGCGGCUCAUGAGAGCCAGCGUGGGGUGGAGAACUGGGUGAUGCAAGGAGGAGAAGAUGUUCCGCCCUGUAUCGAGGAGAGCAUGUACGGCCGGGAGAUUAAAGUUACGGCGUUCAGUGUGCAUUUACCGGAAGAUUUUGCGUUGAAGGAGGACGAGGUGAGGGUGCUGGAGCACUUGAGGGACCGGUUGAGGGAGAGACAUGAAGUGGAGAAGGAGAAGAUAGAGUCGGCGAACAGCGCCAAUGGGAGGAAGAAGGAGGAUGGGGCGACGAGCAGUGAUGGCUCUGGUGUGUCUGUAUAAGACUAACGCAGGCAAACCAGUGACCUUGAUUGCACAUGCCAGCAUCGAUAUCCGGAUAGACUGUAACGCCAGCACAAACAUAAGGCAAAACCUACCUCUCCAAGCGGU